UCUUCUUGGAUUCUUUCUUCUUCUUCUUUUUCUUUGAGUUACUCCUGUGUUUUCUUGUGGCCGUCGACUAUGGCCAAAACUGAGAAGAGAAAAUGGUCCGAGCUGUUUCCCAAUAUUGUAUCCCUCAUUGCAAAAAAGCUAGGUUUGAGCGAUCUUCUUGCCUUACGUAGCACGUGCCGCAGUUGGCGGCUAGCCUCUUCCUCGGCGACGGCGAAACUAAAAGAGGAAAUACCCCAUAAGUUACCGUGGUUUCUCUGUCAAUACUCAUACUACAAGGAAGAAUGUAUUGCAGUCGAUUUGAACACCGAUUUCCAAUACAGAAUGAAACUCCCCCAAUUGAUCGGAACCAAAAUUCUGGGUUCUUUCCAAGGCUGGCUGCUUCUCUUCAAUACCGGUGGCAAAAUCUCCUUCUUCUGCCCCUUCACACUGGAGAAGAUAUGUCUCCCAGAUUUGCCCCAAUCCGAAAUCUGUUUGCACACCAAAUCCGUAUUAACUUCUUCUCCAACGUCAAUUACAGACCGCACCAUCUGCCUCAUCUGGCGCGAACAAGACCCAUUCAUCUUGUUCCAUUACAUUCUUCAACCUGGGGCAGAAUCAUGGAUAAAGGGGGAAAUUUCUUGCAGCAUGGACAUAAUGAAAGUGGCAACAGGGGCAGCGUACCAUGAUGGGAAAUUCAUUUUAAUGAACAUGGCUAUGGGGAAGGAGGUGGAGUUCAGCAUUGAAAGUCGGGAGGCGGAUAUUUCUAAUCUGAUGGUUGAACCAUAUGGUCCGGAGAACAAAGUUUCCAGUAUUAGAUUUUCCGUAUCGCGUAAGAGUUAUUUCAAGUUUGCAAGUGUUAACGCAUGUCUUUUAUCGGAUGAAAUUGAUGACGAUGAGGAUAAUAAUGAUUACUACGAUGAUGAAGAUGAUGAUAAUUACUACGAAGAAGACGACGAGGUGGAAGAGGAGGAGGAGGAGGAUUACAACCCUUUCUUCGGCAACAUUCAUGAGGAUCGAAAGGCAAAGAGUAUGUAUAUAUGGGGAACUCAUUGGCAUCACCGCAGUUGGAACUUAGUUCAUUUUUUCAAUGAGUCCAAUUUCAAACAAAGAAUUUCUAAAAAGAAUCUACGAAGAGGAAUAUGGAUUCAUCCCAGAUUAUUCGCACAACUUAAGUAGUACUUCUAGAGGCUAGAGGUUGAAACUCUAUUGAAAUAUUAUUAGCUUUUCUAUGCAUGGAUAAUUAGAUCACAUGUUGCCAUUGAUAUAGAUAAUAGUAUAAUACUUGUGUG